UUCGGGGUGUCAGUUGUCUGAGAGAUGUGUUUCUGAUCGGUCCGAGAAAUCCGAGUUCUAUUAUCUGAACCCAAUCUCAAUAUUUACCAUCAUGAAUUUGGAGAAAUACUAUCUUUUAUAUUUUUCCCUGCUUAUCUACAUUGAUUUUUCCAUUGAAGCUGAUAAAAAACCUGAUAAAAAAUUGGGCGAUGCCUGCCAGGUGACGGAUAAGCUUCCCGGUAUUUGUCGUAGCUCCGAAGAGUGUGAGCCUGUCAUCGAUCCUUAUAUUAAGUCGGGAGUCCUCAAGCUCGAUGAUGUGCCAUCCUGCGGUCUAACGCCCUGGGGAGAAAUAUUUUGCUGUCCCACCGUUCCAUGUUGUCCUUCAAAUGGCACUUCUCCUCCCAAAGAAUGGACGCCCAGUACUAGUAGCUCCACUUCCACCGUUUUCCGUCCUAGUGCCAUUUCCAGGGUGGAUGUCCCCACAAACGAACGCCCUUCGGUGACUUUUUGCAAAAGACUUAGGACGAAAGUCCGUCAAAAUCAACUAACCAUUCACAUUGUGGGCGGAGUUCCGGUCGAACCGGGAAUUUAUCCUCACAUGGCCGCCAUUGCCUAUAGUAGUUUCGGUACCUUUGACUAUCGAUGUGGUGGAUCCUUGAUCAGUAGCCGAUUUGUCCUAACCGCUGCCCAUUGUGUGAAUACGGAGGCGAACACGCCGGCUUAUGUUCGCUUGGGUUCGGUGAACAUUGAGAAUCCGGACCGAAAUAAUAGGGAUAUUAGUGUGAAAAGUGUAACAGUUCAUCCAAAUUAUGUGGGCGGUAAGUAUGAUGAUAUUGCUGUAAUAGAGCUAUCCCAGGAUGUGGAAGAAACCAAUAAUAUUCGACCCGCAUGUCUCUACACGGAUCCUCGUGAUCCUCCACUGGAUUCGAGACUUUUUGUGGCCGGCUGGGGUGUCGUAAAUAGUACAACUCGGGCCAAAUCAAAAAUCCUAUUGAGGGCUGGCCUGGAAGUGGUUCCCCUCAACCAGUGCAACAUCUCCUUUGCGGCACAACCUGCCUCGAUUAAGGCCCUUAAACAGGGCAUCAUCGAUACCCUGAUUUGUGCCACAGCGAUGCACAAGGACGCCUGCAGUGGCGACUCUGGCGGCCCCCUCAUUCACGAGAUCAACAUCGAGGAUGGCAUCUAUUCGAUUUUGGGGGUAAUAACCUCCGGUUUUGGAUGUGCCACCAGUACCCCGGGACUAUACCAACGUGUGGCUAAUUAUUUGGAUUUUAUUGAAGGCAUUGUGUGGCCCGAUGAUCGGGUAUAAUGAAGUAGUAUACAUAUGGAGCUAGUGCAA